AUGGCUUCCGUUACCGUUGCUCCUCCUGAAAAUCUCCAGCUCCAAUCCCCUCUAGUCCGUCUGCCGGGAGAGAUCAAGAACAUCAUCUACUACUACUGCUUCAGCACCGAUGCCGCUAUCAUUGAUCCAGUCGUAGCUACUUGCAGGCCCAAGAAUGAAUGGAUCCCAGACCUUAGUACAUCGCUCCUCCAGACAUGCCGCAGGGUUUACCAUGAAGCCGACCGCCGCUACCUGUUCGCUGAAAAUACUUUCCGCUUCACCUGUGUCGACCGUGUGCGAUGCUUCUUCAAGCUGAUUGGUGACAAGUAUAGCCCCAUGGUCCAGGAUAUCGAAAUCGACGCUCGAAGGGUACACUCCGACCACCCUGGCAUCAGCCGCGAAUGGCUUCACUACCUCGCAUGGGGCGGUGGCACCUGGGCGAACAUCCUCGGCUCCCUCCGCGAGGAUGCGCCGGGGCUCAAGUGUUUGCGACUGAAUUUCGAAGCCUGGCCCGCAAUUCCCGUGUUCAGAGCUGAACUGUGGAAUUUGUUGCGAAGCUUGCUCUUGAAUAUCGAGGGACUGGAACGGAUCGUUGUUAUUGGAGCAAGCAAGGGCAGGGCUAUGGCAAGACGGGAACCCUGGUCCCCGGUACACUUUGUAGGGGGAGAUGAUGUU